AUGGGAUAUAAGUUACAGGAUCUCACUGAUGUCCAGAUCAUGGCUCGUCUCCAAGAAGAAAACAAGCUCCGAAGAAGUAUGCCUAAUCUAGCUCGGAUGCCAAGUACAACUGCUGUUAGUAGCAAUGCAAGUUCUCCAGUCGCCGUGAGAAACAGUCAGAGUUUUGACUCAAGUUUGCAUGGAGCUGGGAACGGGAUUUCAAGAAUACAGUCUUGCAUUCCAUCCCCGGGACAGCUUCAGCACAGAAUCCACAGCGUGGGCCAUUUCCCAGUGUCCGUCCGACAGCCUCUGAAAGCCACAGCCUACGUGAGCCCCACCGUUCAAGGCAGCAGCAGCAUGCCUGUAUCCAACGGCCUGCAGUUAUAUUCCAGCACGGGGAUCCCCGCGCCAAACAAAGCUGCGGCUUCUGGGAUAAUGGGCCGCAGUGCUCUUCCGAGACCUUCACUGGCAAUAAAUGGGAGUAACCUGCCUCGAAGCAAAAUUGCACAGCCUGUUAGAAGUUUCCUUCAGCCUCCAAAGCCUCUGUCUUCACUCAGCACGCUGAGGGAUGGAAACUGGAGAGACGGUUGCUACUGA